GAGUUGUGCGCACAUUCCGCCUUUGCUUUCGCUUCCUGAAAGCUAGGUCACUUCAAAGAAAUAGUUCUGGUUUAUGAGGGGAUUCUCAUGUGGGCGCAGUUCAUACCAGAGACUGACUGAAGUCACAUACAGAGGGACGGCUUCAUAACGCGUUGGAAGAAAUUCUGUCAAUCAAGUCAACCCAAACAGCAGUCAUGUGUGAUGACAAUCUGGAGACAGACAACUUGUGUGAUUUCUCCCUGAUGAACAGUCGCUUGGACUCAUUCCGUGGCUCUAGCCUGGCCCAGCAGGUGCCAGCGGAAAGACUGGCCCGGGCUGGCUUCUACUUCACCGGACAGGCUGACCGUGUCCGCUGUUUUAGCUGCCAGAAGACUGUGGAAAACUGGUGCAACGGAGACACACCUGUGGAAAGGCACAAGGAGGUUUCCCCAUCUUGCAAGUUUCUCAGCUGCACCCACCGCACCAAUACCCCAUUAACUAAUGGUUCCAUCUACAAUGAGGAAGCAGAAGACAUGGAAUAUCGUUUGAGAACAGGAGCAGUGGUCGAUGAGACCACCUAUCCUAUCGUCCCUCAUAUGAGGAGUGAAGAAGCACGACUUGAGACCUUCUUCUCUUGGCCCCCUGCGGCUCCCGUGAGAUCCCAAGAUCUGGCGCAGGCUGGCCUUUACUACUUAGGAUACGACGACCAAGUGCAGUGUUUCUGCUGUGGGGGCAUGCUGUGUGGCUGGGAAGCAGGGGACACAGCCUGGGGAGAACAUACCAAAUAUUAUCCCAACUGCUUCUUCAUCCUCGGGCACGACGUGGGCAACGUCCCUUUCCAGGGGGUUACAGACAGGAAUGAGGGUAGCAGUAGUCAGCAGAGAAACGGUGAUGUCCAUAUGGGGAGUUUUGAGGAGAGGCUUGAUAGCUUCGCAGGUGUCCAGCACCCUAUUGACCAUGAGAGGCUUGCGAGAGCUGGCUUCUACAGCACAGGUGCAGGAGACAAGGUGUUGUGUUUCGACUGUGGGGGAGGUUUGAAAGGUUGGCAGCCUGAGGAAGACCCUUGGGAAGAGCAUGCCAAACACUACCCAGGAUGCAGUUUCCUGCUAGCAGAAAAAGGACAAGAUUUUGUGAACAGCAUCCAGCUACAAAGACCACGACACAAUAGAGCUACUCCAAGUCAUCAGAAUGGAUUUUCAGGGGACAGGAAUGAGACACUGCAGUCAGAGAUGGCUCAGAAGGCCAUAGAGAUGGGCCUCGAGCCCAGUGUGGUGGAGAAGACCAUCUUGGACAAAAUCAGCAGGACAGGCUCGGACUACACCAAACUGGAAUUGCUUGUGGAGGAUUGCCUAAACAACUCACCAGAAAGUGAUACAAUGGGAGAAAAGCAAGAUGAGGACCCGCUGGAGAAAUUGCGGAAGCUGCAGAUGGAGAAACAAUGCAAAAUAUGCAUGGACCGAGAUAUUUGUAUGGUUUUCAUCCCAUGUGGGCACCUCGUCAGUUGCAAGCAAUGUUCUGAAUCACUCAUUGUGUGUCCAAUCUGCUGUGGAGCCAUAACACAAAAGAUCAAGACCUAUAAUGCUUAAGGGAACUACAAACUCUCACUAAACAUAAAUGCUGCUUUCUCACUAUCUUUAUUAUAUUGUAAAUUUAAUAUUCGAUGUACAAUACAUAGCCUGUAAUAUAUUUAAAGACCAGAUUCUCGUCAGAAUAUCUGAAUUAAAGAUCGAGUAAAUGUCACAAAAGAAAAAUAUUUUCAUAGUCAUUACAAUGGUACAAAGAUGUUAAUAUUGAGAUAAGAUGAUUUUAUAAAUGGCUUAUGUGUUUUUAGGCGAUUAAUGAUACUGACACUUGUAAAUACACACUAAAGUGCGUUUGUCGUUUUACAACUUUUAGUUUUUCUUUUGCCAGAGGUGCCUUUCUCUAGGUUUAUGUAGUCACGUGCCUGAUUUAUCAGUUUUACCGAACUAAGCAUGAGGGGUUUUGUCAUUUGUAGUCAUUUAUUUUAUCUGUCGUAAUUUAUGCUUAAAGCUAGUUUUAUUUCUCUGUGUCUGCAGCUCUGUAUUGACAUAUGUACAGGUAACUUCAUUUCAACUUUGGUUUUAAAUUGAUUAACUCUAGUUUCUGCCCUGCAAUUAAUCAGUGUUGUGUGAAAUUAUUUUACCAUUCCAUCAUGCAGUCUGUUGUGUCAUCGAGAAGUGAAUAAAUCUUCUAAAAUUGA